AACUUUGGCUUUUGGAAACUCAGGGAAAAAUGCGUUGGCCAGAUGUUUGCAGACUCAGGGGAAACACAUUUGCUAGGACAGGGAAAUGCGUUUGCUGGACCCAGAGACUCUGCCUCCGAAUCCAGCCCAGUGCUCUGGGUACCCAACGGCCUCUGCGGCUGGUGUCCGGAAGGGGGAAUGAGCUACUUUAAGCCGACCACAGGGGAGAUAUUAGCUUUUGAGAGACAGCGCAGGAGCCCUCUCCGUUUCCCUGAAUGUGCCCCCACUGUCAUUUCAGACAGAUUGAUGCAGCUGAGCCCGGAUUUCCUGGCAAGCCCGAGGGGAGGCUAUUCCAAAAGGAUCUCAGUCUGCAGAGGCGCAGCCUUUCCGUGUCUCAUCAGGAAAGCAAGCCCCAGACACACGCUCCCUGUUUCCAGCUGCUUGCAUAUCUUCUCUCUGCACUUUAGCAAAAAACGUGCCAAGGUGUGACGUUUAUGAACCCCAGCCACCGGGAGCCGUGCAACACAAGCCCCGUUUGGCCUGUGAUGUGGGGAGGUGAUGAAUGGGCUGUUCUGCAUUCCCUCUGGCAGGCCUGGAGCCUUAUUUAUUGCACACUGAAGUAUAAAACCACCCGGCCGGCUGCAGCGCUCGGCUCCAGCCCUGGCACUGGCCCGAGGAGACCACGGCGCCCGGAGCCCCGGCUGUCUUCUUCAGCAGGCUCCGUGGCUCUGUCGAGAAUCAUGCCGGGGCGGCUGAUCUAUUGGCACCUGCUGGCUUUGUUUUUCCUCCCAUUUUGCCUGUGUCAAGAUGAGUACAUGGAGGUGAGCGGAAGAGCUAAUAAAGUGGUGGCGAGAAUAGUGCAAAGCCACCAGCAGACCGUCCGUGGUGGCUCCCGGAGGGAGACAGUGAGAGAGCGGAGCCAUGCUAAAACUGGGACUGUGGAUAAUAACACGUCUACAGACCUAAAACCCCUGAGACCAGAUGAGCUACCGCACCCCGAGGUAGAUGACCUAGCCCAGAUCACCCCAUUCUGGGCCCAGUCUCCACCUACCGGAGGGCUGCCCCCAGACUGCAGCAAGUGUUGCCAUGGAGAUUACAGCUUCCGGGGCUACCAAGGGCCCCCUGGACCUCCCGGCCCCCCUGGCAUUCCAGGAAACCACGGAAACAACGGCAAUAACGGAGCCACUGGUCACGAAGGGGCCAAAGGGGAGAAAGGAGACAAAGGCGACCUGGGCCCACGAGGGGAGCGGGGGCAGCAUGGCCCCAAAGGAGAAAAGGGCUACCCGGGGAUUCCACCAGAACUGCAGAUUGCAUUCAUGGCUUCUCUGGCAACACACUUCACCAAUCAGAACAGCGGCAUUAUCUUCAGCAGUGUGGAGACCAACAUCGGAAACUUCUUUGAUGUCAUGACUGGUAGAUUCGGGGCCCCAGUGUCAGGUGUGUACUUCUUCACCUUCAGCAUGAUGAAGCACGAGGAUGUUGAGGAAGUGUAUGUGUACCUCAUGCACAAUGGAAAUACAGUCUUCAGUAUGUACAGCUACGAAACAAAAGGGAAAUCGGAUACGUCCAGCAACCACGCGGUGCUGAAGCUGGCCAAAGGAGAUGAGGUUUGGCUGAGAAUGGGCAAUGGCGCUCUUCACGGGGACCACCAGCGCUUCUCGACCUUUGCGGGCUUCCUGCUUUUUGAAACUAAGUGAAUAUAUGAAGAGACCAGCUCCACUUUGGGGAAGAAUUGGAGCUGAACUGGUAUUGUUAUGAUCUGAGGAACAUUAGAGUGGAGGGUUCUAUGUAUUGUAUUUUUUAAAGACACUUUUUGGUUACAUUGCUAAUCAUGUUGCAGAUACAGCAAUAAUGUGGGAUGACUCAGGGGCUCAGAAGACGAAAACACAAAACAGCUUUCUCAUGUGACCUUGACUGAUAUACUUACCACUUUUAUCACUCUUCCCUAGGCACCUGAAAGAAAAUUCCCCUCUUGAUACAGGUUGGAAAAAAUUGUUCCCAUCAGAGAAGUCACUUGCAGAGAGUUUGGGCGGCUCUGUUUUUAAUCAAAUAGUAGCUUUCAGAAACUGCUGAGGUUGGGGUUCAUCACUAUAACUCUGCAGCAAACAGGAUGCAGUGAUUAUGGUGGGGCUGGGCAAGGACAGGGGCAGUGUCAGGAUCCAAGUGCCAGAAACAUUUGCAAACCCGAGACCGGGAAGUUACACUUUGAUCCGGUGGGUCACUAUUCAUAAAUAAAGUACAGUUUUUUUUUGUUUGUUUGUUUGUUUUAGGAAUUCCUGGUAGCUUUUAGAUAGCAAAAGUAUGCACAAUGCCCACAGAUAACCGACUCAUUGUUUUUCAAUAACGAUACCGCUGUAAUUAAAUCCUAACUUCUUAGAAUUUUCUCAUGAUCCAGAAUUGGGUUGACCAGAUCUGGUUUAUGAGACUGACUCUUUGCCACUCACUGCAUUUCUUAGAGCGCAGUAGACCUUUGUUGACGCUGCCCUGCAGAACCAGCUGGGGUGAGCUGAGGUCCACAUUGCACGGAUAUCGUCACCUUCUUUUUCUCAGUCUAGAAAUUACCCUGAUGCACUUGACACACGCUGACAAGUCAUGUGGAAGAAGCUGUAGACUCAGUUACACAGUCAAACUAAUGGAUACAAAAUACAAGGGCAUUCCACUUAGGAGACAUAUGACAGUGUCUUAACCUUUUUAUUAUAAAAAGAUAUGGCUUUUCUGAUUAUUUAACCAGUAUCCACAGAGCAGCUGUGCCACUGGAGUUUUGCUUAUCCCCCAAUCUAUCCAUCAAGGGUUAAAUUAGUCACCAAAGGAAUAUUCAUGAGAAUGCACCAUCGAUACAAUCUGAAGAUAGUACCUAAAAUUGGUUUAAAGUGAAAAAAGCAUCAAUAAAGCAUGUGUUUCCCCUGAUGUGUAAUCACAUUUAAAAUGCACCAUUUGAGAGUUGCCUAUCUGACAAAUAUCACAUAAUAAAGUCCCUCAGAAGUAAUGAGCCCCUAAUUUAUUUUCUGUUACAAUUUGAAUUUCCACAGAGCUUUUAAACUGUGGGUUCACUUGGAUUGAUUACCCCAAUAUGGCUGGAGGCAGAGAAAUGAUCAACGAGGGAAGGCCACCCUAUUAGCUAAUGAUGUGUUUCAUGUUCAAUUCAGCCUUUGACCCUUUUCUUUCCAUUUGCAAAUACUUUUAAACUCUUCCUGAAUACACAUGCAAUGUGAUUUAAAGGUGAAUGGAUAUUAGCUAUAAUGUGCUUGACUGGUAAUGUUUUUGUGAUUUUGUAUAUGUCCCCCAGGCCUCACCCCUCCCUCUGGAGCGGUGGGGUCAUGAGGUUGAAGUUGACUGUUACCAAAUAUCAUAGUCUGUAAAAGUGCAUUGGCAGGAGAUGUUUGGAUGUUGCAUGCUGUCCAAAAGAAUUCCGUAUCUAAAGAACGCACACUUCAACUAAAGUACCUAGAGGAAGACAUUGGCCUGGCUUUAGAUCAAAAUGAGGCAAGAAAAAUGCAAUAAACAUUAUGUGAAAAAUAAACACACCUUUGUUAAAUAUACUGUUUUAUCAUGUUCUUAAUAAAGUUGAA